AGGCCGUGGUGCUCGUCAGUCGUCAGCACUGCGCUCCGACUCCACGGUCAGGCCACGUACCAUGGAGAGCGCACCUGGAAAAGGUGCUCUGGUCGCCGGCCUACUAAUUUUCGCAACAGCUUCUCUGGCUGUGCCGCUUGCGGCGCCUCCGCCUUCCUCGACAUUGAAACCAGGCGAAGGUUUAGUGCGUCAAGUGCAUGCUAUUUUUCGUCAUGGAGAAAGAACACCCGCGGACACCUAUCCUAAUGAUCCACUUAUCAACGAAACAUACAGUCCAUUUGGUUGGGGGCAGUUGACUCUGAAUGGCAAGAGGCAGGUGUAUUCCCAAGGUCAGUGGUUGAGACAACACUACCAUAAACUGGUUGGAGACGACUACUCGGCGGCCUACACACAAAGCACAGACGUGGACAGGUCGUUGAUGACCGCUCAGUUGGUGCUCGCAGCGCUCUUCCCGCCCACCCCAUACCAGGAGUUUGAACCUGGAUUGCGUUGGCAGCCGGUGCCUGUGCACACCAUACCAGUUCAUUUGGACAAUCAGCUCUUAUUAGUCCGAGUGCCGUGCCCGAGGUACUACGAGGAAAGAGAUAGAGUGAAGAAAAUACCCCCAACCAGCGAACUCCUCGAGAAAAAUAAGGAACUUUUGGAAAAAUGGACCACCAUCACGGGUUUGCCGGUGGAUAAUCUCGAUGAAGUUAUGAGUGUUUACAGCACACUUUUAGCACAGUCCCGGUUUAACUUGACUCUGCCACCAUGGACAAAGGAAUAUUUUCCUGAAGCUUUCCUCAACAUGACCAGUACCAGUUUCCUUGCCACUGUGCAAACUCCUACCUUGAUUCGUCUUAAAGCUGGGCCUCUCGUGAACAACAUCCUGAAAGAGUUUGAGAAGGAAGCUGAUCAGCAACAAAAAGUGAAAAUGUUCCUUUACUCUGGACACGAUUCCACCGUCGCCAACAUCCUCGCCGCGCUCGGCCUCUACAAAACCCCCUACAUCCCUGGCUAUAGUGCUCUCGUGCUUCUGGAGCUUGUUGAACCUAGUCCAGGAAAAUUCUUUGUUAGGGUUUUCCGUCGAUCUGAAGAAAACCCCGAUGCAGAGCUGCUUCAGAUUAAAGGUUGUGACAUUGAAUGCCCGCUAGAGAAGUUCAAGGAGUUGACUGAGCCAAUUCGUCCUGUCAAUUGGCAGGAAGAGUGCAAAGCUAUUAACCAAGACUUUGUUGCUCCUCCUCCCCUUCCACCCUAAAAAAAUCAGACAAGACACUGCCACAUAAUGUAGUGUUGCAAUACUUUCUCAGAGUUGAAUAAAUUUGAUAAUUUUUCAGUCAAAUGAGA